CUAUUCUUUUCAAGUAGACGGCGUUAGUGAGCAUUUCCGUUCCGCAAAUGGCCGGUGAUUAAGGGAACGGAUGUAGCGGCGCCUCUAUCGUCGAAUCUUUUCCUGUAUUGGGUUUGCGGUAAGCACGUUCUCGAAUUGUAAGUCACGAUGCAGAUCUUCGUGAAGACCCUGACGGGUAAAACCAUCACCCUUGAGGUGGAGGCUUCCGAUACUAUUGAAAAUGUCAAGGCUAAGAUCCAGGACAAGGAAGGAAUUCCACCUGAUCAGCAGAGAUUGAUCUUUGCUGGUAAACAACUAGAAGAUGGUCGCACUCUCUCUGACUACAAUAUCCAGAAGGAGUCUACACUCCAUUUGGUUCUGCGACUCCGUGGUGGUGUUAUUGAACCUACACUCCGUAUUCUUGCACAGAAAUAUAACUGUGACAAAAUGAUCUGCCGUAAAUGUUAUGCGCGACUCCAUCCCCGUGCUACUAAUUGCCGUAAGAAGAAGUGUGGUCACACCAACAACAUCCGCCCUAAGAAGAAGCUGAAGUAGACCAUAGACCCUUGUUCUAUAUUCAGGCUGUGGAAAUUAAGGAAUAUUUAUUCUUCCACUUAUUCUGCACCUGUAUUACUCUCGUUUUUGGUUCCAAUAAAAUCUAAGUGAACAACA